AUGGCAACCCCAACAGAACCAGAUAAUGAUCCAAAAGUGCUCGACUUCGCAGCAGCUUCGCCGCCCCAAGACACGCGCCGGCCCCGCUUCAGCGAUGCUUCCGCGACCGAGACAAUGCCGCGCCUCACAGUUAACACUGAGACUGAGUCGCAGAGUCGCGGACGGAGCUCCAGCCAACUCUCCGCAACAGCUGCUCGUGCCGAUGGCAACAGCGUACUUUCGCCGACCCUCUCAAUCGAUUCGACCCUGCGACGACGGCCUACACGUUCAAACACUAUCCGGCACUAUCAGAGCCCUCACCACGCCGGCCGUCGCACAUGGGAACAACCAGGUGCGGAACCUGGUGUCGACACGAAGAAGGAGCCGGAGGACAACUACAGCAAUCUGAAGGCGGAAUGCGAUAUCACCGUGGUGGAUUUCUCCGACGAGGGCUACACCUGCAUAGAGCUAGAUAAUGCUACACUAGAGGGGUUUCUACGGGAUAAACCGAAAGACUCAACGGAGUGCCGCUGGAUCAAUGUCAACGGCUUGAGCUUUGAUGUCAUUCGGACACUUGGGAAUUCUCACUCGCUGCACAGACUGGCGAUCGAGGAUCUAAUGAAUACACGAGGGCGGACCAAGGUGGAUUGGUAUUCAGAUCAAGCGUUCUUGCUUUUGACUCUCUCGAAACUCGUUCGUCUCCCAGACGACGAUUCGGACAGUGAAUCGGACUCCGAUGACGACGAUUAUACACACCCGCACGGUAGAAAACCGUCCUUUGUCGACCGGUUCAGAGGGCGAUUCAACUCGCACAGCGACGAAGAUUCCUCCUCAAACGGCCGCUCGUGGCGACAUAAAGAUCACGAGAAGGGCUACGACAUGGAUGGUCCACCCAGCUACCGCAAAAAAGGACAGCAUGCUCCACAGAUUCGAACACUGCAACGAUACCGAGGUGGUCCCAAUCUAGACAGGACCAUCUACAUGGAACAACACUCGUCUCUUACCAGCCGAAAGCUUGCCGUCAGCGUCGAACAAGUCAGCAUAUUCUUGUGCAAAGACAACACGGUAAUCUCCUUUUUCGAGCAUAGUGCACCCGAAAUCGAAGAACCUAUCAUCAAACGUUUGAGCACCGAAGACACAAUCCUCCGCCGCAGCGCAGACGGGAGCAUGAUUUGCCAAGCCAUCAUCGACGCCAUCAUUGAUCUGGCGAUCCCGGUCGUAGCUGCCUACGAAGACGCAAUGGGUGAACUCGAACUCGAUGUGCUUCGCGACCCUGAUAUUGGCCAUUCGCAACAGCUUUAUAUUCUGACUUCGGAAAUCGCUAUUCUACGGAACACCAUUCAGCCCAUCGUUUCCCUCAUCAACGCCCUCCGAGAUCACAAAUCUGAUCCUGUCGCUACCGCUAGCUCCUUUAAUGUCCCCACCCGCAAGACCAUAUCUUCGAUCACAAUGUCACCUCUUGCGCACACAUACCUUGGCGAUGUAGAAGAUCACUGCAUCAUGAUCACCGCAUCGCUCGACCAGAUGCGCCGAGCAGCAGACAAUCUGAUCGAUCUCAUUUUCAACAUGAUGGGUGCGUAUCAGAACGAAUCUAUGAAGAUCCUUACCGCCGUUACCAUUUUCUUCCUUCCUCUCACCUUCUUGGUCGGUUAUUUCGGGCAGAACUUUGAAAAAUUUCCUGGCGUACAACAGCAUAGUGAUGAAUUCUUUUGGAUCAUUGCAGUGCCCGUCAUGGUAGCUACCAUGGUGGUUUUGAUGAGUCAGCGGAUAUGGCGACAGAUCAAGAAGUGGAAGGUUGGGCUCAAUCUGCGCGCGGCGAAAAAGAAGAAUGGACCACUACUUGAGAUGCGAAAAGGAGUACACAACGGUAUUGGCAUUGCUAUGGGUCUGCAGAAGGAGCAACGACAUCAGCGCAAUAAGCACACUCCCCGUAGUAAGAGCGAGUUGAGGAAGAGACAGACGAUGUACACGAAGGGUAAUAUCGGCUCGUUCUGA